AUGGGUCAGAUUUAUAUUCCAGUUAUGAACUGGUUUCUCUUGGCUGUUGCCAUUCUUCUUGUCACUUUCAUUGCAAGCACUGAUGAGAUUGGAACUGCAUAUGGGGAUGACCUCAAUGGGAAAUGUGCUGAUGACAUUGUCAACAAAUCUGUUUGGUGCAUCUCUUUUAAAACAUGGUCAUUCAUGCCAUGCUUCCUGAAUCUGAUGGUGCAACUGUCAUCUCAAUCAAAUGAACUCUACCAGUUAGAUGCAGUUGCUUUUUGCUUAUUAUCCACUUGGGUGGAGCCAAUUCGAAAGUUAUUUGCAGCUCUAUUUCUAUCAAGUAUUGGGAUGCUUAUACAUGUACAGUUCUUGUGGACACACAUGGAUAUAUUACUAGCAUCUGUUAUUCUUGUUAUAGUUUUUAAGACUACAGUUUCUGCAGUCAUGAGAAAGGCCUUUGGAUAUUGUGUUAAGACAUCAUUUCUUAUGACAGUAAAAGAUGCUUUGAACUCUGCUCUUGUUGAGGAAAUGGCUGCUGGUUCUAGUAUCUUUAUCAUGGGUGAAGAGGUUGGAGAAUACUAG